AUGGCCCCCCAACUUUCGGAAGAUGAGAUCGAUGAUCUCAUCUAUUUCGCGCGAACUGGAGAAACUCAAGAUCUUUUUGAGUCCGUCGCGAGCUUAGCUGAGCGCGAGAAGGCUACUACUGCCGAAAUUCUGAUUGCAGCAAAGGACGAGAGCAACAAAUCCACAACGUUGCACAUGGCCACAGGAAACGGGCAUUUAGAGACGGUGCGCAAGCUUGUUGAGUCAUUUGAAGGAAGGCCCAAGGAGGAGAGACAGGCUUUUCUGGAUGAGCCCAACGAGCACGGCAACACCGGCCUGCAUUGGGCAGCGUUGGGCGGCCACAUCGACACAGUCAAGUACCUCGUCGAGCAGGGCGCCUCGCCUGCGCUGGCCAACGAGCGUAACUACGUGCCUCUGGAUCUGGCCUACUUCAACCAGCACGAGGACAUCGCUAACUACUUCCUCUCGUUCCUGCCAAGCCUUGAAAGCAAGAAUGAGGACUCUGGAUUGAGUGGGGCGGUCGAGACGGUUGACCUAGAAGAGAGUGACAAAGCGAAGGAUUCAUGA